AUGGUGACGAUAGUGCGUGAAACGAAUAUACCGCAUAGUGCGUCUGAAUAUCGGUGCGCCGAUAUGUUGUUGCAUGGUGGCGAGGCAGCGAGAGGGCCUGUACAACGGAGGCGCUCAGGUCUCUUAAGAGUUCAAUGCUCUCUUGGAGCACGGGAAGGGGCGGGGCGAGCUGCUCGCAGACCUCGCCCGCCCGCCUGCAUGUUGAGACUCUUUCUAACUGUGAAGAUGACUCAAGUGACUGCGAUGCCAAAGGCGCGCUGCUCGCGGGCGCCGCCGCCGUGGCUCGAAGACGAUACGCCGUAA